AAGGACCUCUAUCGCAGUUUCCCUCCCAUUUCUCUGUCGCUCUCUCUCGAAAGCUUCUACAAAUCUCUUCAAAUUCACUGUCGAAGCUCACUUCAUCACAAGUCACAAUGAAGCCCAGUGAACAGUCAGUACCAUCGCUCUAUCCACAGACUUCUUCUUCUUCUUCUUCGCUUCUCAAAGAUAUUUCAAAUUUCAGAACUCCAAAACGCCCCUCACAACCCCCCAACUUCACUUCCUCCCCUUACCCCCAAUUUUUCACGGCUUCCAAACAAACACCUAAGCCGUCUCCAUCUUCCUCCUUUCGCCGGUACCAUAACCGCCCUUCUCUAUCUUCCCGGCCUAAGCACAAAACUGCAACUGCCCGUCGUCUAAAGGCCUUUGAGCUCGAGCAAUCCCAGUCCUCACGCAAGGCUCAGAUACAAAAAGAACAAUCUCUUAAAUCACUUGCCAAGUCUCUCACUACUUGGCUAAAUUUCCUUUUCCAAAAUCCGAGGUCUUGUGGCUGUGAAUUGAAAGAUCGUGAAGCGGAAACCGCGGGAAAUUUGGGGAAGAGGGAUGCUGGACCUAGGGGUAGGGUGGUGGGUUUGGAUACAUCAUGGCGGAGUCCAAAGAGGCGGAGGGACCUGGGGUGGCGAGGCGUUGAACACGUGGAGGGGGAGGACGAGUUCAUGAUUUCUAAGCACUAUGGGCAAUUGAAGAAUUCAUUGAUGGAUGUUUGUAGUUUUGAUGAUUUGACGCAAAGGAUGAGUGUUUAUUUGAGCUUGGCUAGUUGCAAGGAGAUUUUUGAUGUCAUGAGUCAUGUGGUUAAAAAUAUUGAUGAAGGGAGGCUUAAUAUGAAGUCAUAUUGCCCCAUUGUAACUGAUGUUGGAAUGAAAGAGAAGGCAAUUCGAAUUCUCAUGUGCUACAAUCCAAUUUGGCUUCGAAUUGGAUUGCAUAUUAUUUUUGGCGGUGAUUCAUUGUUGUCCAAUGGAGAUGUCAAUUCUGAUCAAGAAAUUGCCUUCUUGAAGAUGGUAAUUGAGAAGCAGUUUUUCUCACAUGCUGGACUAGCGAAAGCCUAUGCUUAUAACAAGAUGGUUGAAGGGUUAUACAGACCAGGUUACUAUGAAAUAUUGGGUAAUGUAAUAUUGAAGAGGUUUUUGCUGCUGGUUCUUAUACUUGAUAGAGCUAAAUCUCAUAGCACUCUUUCUCUAAAGUAUGGAAUUGAUGGAAUUGAUGGGGGUUCUCCGCUUUUAUUCAUGGUGCAAUCUAGUGUCAAGUCUAGUCGUCAAAUGAUUAACGAUUUCUUAUCAUCGGAGAUAAUGCUGGGAGAAGGUAACCUUCUUGCGCAUCUAGUGAUCCUAGGUUACAAAGUAUCUUAUCAGCAGUGUGCUCUGGUUGAGUAUGACUUUAAAGUGAUGGAUCUAUUUGUGGACCUACAAGAUGGAGUGCGGCUUUGCAGAGCCAUUCAGCUAUUGCAAAACAACUCGUCUAUUCUUAUGAAAAUGGUAGUUCCAUCAGAUACUUGCAAGAAAAAUUUGAUAAAUUGUGGCAUUGCACUGCAAUAUCUAAAGGGUUCUGGUGUAACAUUACGUGAUGAAGAUGGAGUAACUAUUAUGGAAGGUGAUGUUGCCAAUGGAGACAAAGAACUAACCAUUAGCUUGCUUUGGAAUAUGUUUGUUCAACUGCAGCUGCCACUUCUGAUCAACAACACAAUCUUAGCUGAGGAAAUUUUGAAAAUUCAACAAACCAAUGUGGACCCUUCAAACAACAUCAGUCCUAGUUGCUUUCCCUUGGACUUGCUUUUGAAGUGGAUCCAGGCAGUCUGUGAACAAUAUAAUUAUAUUGUUGAUGAUUUUUCUUCUAUGCUUGACGGAAAAGCCAUAUGGUGUUUACUUGACUACUACUUCCGUAAGGAACUUUGGUGUUCUCAUUCUCCUAAGGAUCCUGAUGUCAGUAGAAGUGGAGAAUCCAUUAUGUCAGCUGCUAAUUAUACAGAUGCAGUCCAUAACUUCAUAUUAUCACAAAAGCUGAUAACCUUGUUUGGGAAUUUUCCAGAGAUUCUGCAGACUAGUGACAUACUUCAACAUAGUGGUGCAAUUAGCGAAAGGAGUGUGGUUGUUCUAUUGGUCUUCCUUGCAUCACAGCUGACUGCAAAAAAAGCCAUGGAUCGGCUGAAUUUUCAUAAACUGUUGUGUUGCAAUUGCCAGAGUCUAGAGAGGAGAAAUUCAAGAAAUGGAAACUGUGUUGUGAAUUUGAAACAAGUACUGAAGCAAGAAGAAAUUGAUUUUCACAGUAGUGGAGAUGUGGCUGAAAAGUUUAAGGCCAUUAAGGCCUGGUGGCAAGAUAUGGCUGAGAGGAAUAACAUAUUUGCUAUGAAGCCUGCAACUUCUACUUCGCGGCACAGCUCAACGGGCAAAUCCAGCAUCAAUAUUGAAAGAGAAAAUGCAGCAACACUCAUACAAUCACACCUGAGGAGAUCAAUUGCACGCCACAAUUUUUUGAAGAUGAUGAAUUCAGUUCUCUAUUUGCAAACUGUUAUUCGGGCUUGGUUAAUGGUGAAGCAAAAAUCUUCAUUCUGCAAAUUCAGUACUAACAUAGGUCAGGGGUCUGUACAUGAAAAAUGGGAGCAGUCUGAAAGAGUUGGGAGAUAUGUCAAGUUUAUAGUUGACAGGCAUAGGUUUGUCAGGUUAAAAAAAUCAGUUCUGUUUAUCCAGCAAGCAGCAAGGAUUUGGAUGAUGCGAAGACUUCAGGAUGGUAGUAUUAGAAAUUGUGAUGCAUCCACUACAGAUUUAGUUAAUGCCGCGGUAGUACUUCAGAAGUGUGUUCGUGGUUGGAUAGCAAGGUCUAGGUGCAAGGUCAUGCAGAUGAAGAUAGCUUCACACAUGUGCCAAGUGAAUUCUCUCGACAGUCACCACCUAGAUGCAAUUAAAAUCCAGAGUCAUCUUCGAGGCUGGCUAUUUAGAAGAAACUUUUUGAAGCAGAAGCAAAUGGUGACAAGGAUUCAAAGCAAUUUUCGACGCCUAAAAUGUUGGAGGUCCUUUCAACAACUUAGAGUUGCUAAAAGGUCUGCCAUCACCAUUCAGUCUCAUGUACGUGGAUGGAUUGCAAGGAGAGUAGCUUCAAGGCAAAGGUGCCUUGUUGGUGUCCUUCAAAAAUGCUGCCGUGGUUGGUUGAUGAGGAGGAACUUUUUGCUACAAAGAGAUGCUGCAAUAAAGAUCCAAAACGUUGUUCGGUGCUUUAACUGCUUGAAGGCAUUUCAUUGUAGGAGAAGUGCUGCUAUAGAAAUUCAACGGUUUGUCAGGGGAUUGAUCACUCGAAGAAGGAUGCUAGUUGGCUGUGUGCAGAGUUGUGAAUUGGACAUAACGAUAUCUUCGAUAUUGAAGCUGCAAAGAUGGUGGAGAAGUGUUUUAUUGUUUAAAUUAAGAACUAAGUCGGCAAUUGUUAUACAAUCUUGUCUUCGAGGUUGGAUUGACAGGCAAAGGGCUGCUAAACAAAGACAGAGUAUUGUGAUGAUUCAGUCACAUUGGAAAGGAUACCUUUUGCGCAAAGAGUCAAGAGGACAAUUAUUGGAUUUGCGCUUGAGAGUACAAAGGUCUGCUAAAAAUGUAGAUGACAGCAUGCGUAUUAUUAACAGACUCAAAGUGGCACUUUCAGAACUACUGAGUGUGAAAAGCAUUAGUGGAAUCCUUCAUACUUGUGCUACUUUAGAUAUGACUACCAAACAUUCUCAGAAAUGUUGCGAGGAACUUGUGGCUGCAGGGGCAAUUGGCAUUUUACUAAAGCUAAUUCGUUCAGUCAGCCGAAGCAUACCUGAUCAGGAGGUUUUAAAGCAUGCACUCUCAACUCUCCGAAACCUUACCCGUUAUCAACAUUUGACUGAAGUGCUAAUUCAAAGUCAUGGAUCGAUAGAAAUUAUCUUUUGGGAAUUUCUUAGGAAUAAGGAGGAAGGUUACUUUAUUGCUGCAGAGAUUUUGCGAAAAAUAUGUUCAAAUUACAAAGGUGCUGAGUCCUUGAGGAAGCACCCUGCCCUCUUGAAGAGGUUACAUAAUCUUGUGGAAGAACUAACAAGGAAGUCAACUAUUGAUAAAAGGAAUCUGCUUGGUGUGGCUGCAAGAGUGAAAGUAGAAAGAAGAUUAAAUGAGGCCUUUAAUCUUCAGAAACUGUUUACUAGUAAGCUAAGUGCAAAAGCACGUGCAUGAAUGAAUAUGUUUCCUCAUGGGCGCUCUAAAAAAAAUGUUUAGAAGGAUGUUUUUGAGGUCAGUUGGGAUUUUUAAAGUAGUGUGUUUGUUUUGUAAGAAAGGUUUUUUAAGUGAGAAAACCUCUAAAAUUCUCAUUUUUUCAAUACAUUAAAUAGGUGGAUUUGAUAGAUUCUGAUAUUUAUAUUUUUACUACCCUGUGGUAAAAAAACCUUCACUCA